AUGGACGAAAACGGCUUUCCUGGGAAGCUGACUAGACUGAUUAAAGCAACGAUGGACGGUGUGCAAAACUGCGUAAGGGUUUCGGGUGAACUAUCCAGUUCAUUCGUAUCUCGCCGGGGACUGCGACAAGGUGACGGACUCUCAUGUCUACUCUUCAACAUCGCGCUGGAAGGUGUGAUGCGACGAGCCGGGCUCAACAGCCGGGGAACGAUUUUCACAAAAUCCGGUCAAUUUGUGUGCUUUGCGGACGACAUGGACAUUAUCGCUAGAACAUUUGGAACGGUGGCAGAACUGUACACCCGCCUGAAACGCGAAGCAGCAAAGGUCGGACUGGUGGUGAAUGCCUCAAAAACAAAGUACAUGCUGGUGGGCGGAACCGAAAACGACCGGAUCCGUCUGGGCAGUAAUGUUACGAUAGACGAGGAUACUUUCGAGGUGGUGGAGGAAUUCGUCUACCUCGGAUCCUUACUGACGGCUGACAACAACGUGAGCCGAGAAAUUCGGAGGCGCAUCAUCAGCGGAAGUCGGGCCUACUACGGGCUCCAGAAGAAACUGCGGUCGAAAAAGAUUCACCCACGCACCAAAUGCACCAUGUACAAAACGCUAAUAAGACCGGUGAUCCUCUACGGGCACGAGACAUGGACCAUGCUCGAGAAGGACCUGCAAGCACUCGGAGUUUUCGAGCGACGCGUGCUAAGGACGAUCUUCGGUGGUGUGCAGGAGAACGGUGUGUGGCGGAGAAGAAUGAACCACGAGCUCGCUGCACUUUACGGCGAACCCAGCAUCCAGAAGGUGGCCAAAGCCGGAAGGAUACGUUGGGCAGGGCAUGUUGCAAGAAUGCCGGACAACAACCCUGCAAAGCUGGUGUUUGCAGCGGAUCCGGUUGGCACAAGAAGGCGUGGAGCGCAGAGAGCACGAUGGGCGGACCAGGUGGAGCGUGACUUGGCGAGCAUUGGGCGCGACCGAGGAUGGAGAGCGGCAGCCACAAACCGAGUAUUGUGGCGUACUAUUGUUGAUUAUGGUAACCAAUAUAAUUUGGACCCCCAUAUAUUUUGGACCCCCUGGAUGAUAUUAUCACAACUUUCACAGAUUUAAUGAAGAGAUGACGAAAGUUUUUAGAAUCAUUUGCUAAAUUAGAUUGCUCUGCACGGGUAGCAAUCAUUUCCUCACUGGAAAUUGAAUUAUUUGCCUUGAAAUAAACUUUUGUCAAUUUCGUAAUCCGUGCGAGUAUCGCAACAUGUUUACAAAAAGAGAAUAUGGCGCUGAGGAAACUUGCAGAUAUAAACAAAAACGUUUUCCAUUCUAGCGCAUUAAAUUCGCAAAAUUCGUCUAAUCAGCCUUUGUCGAUCAAGUAAUUAGGAUGUGAUCCAGCAUACUCAAGUGGCAGAUUCUUUGAAAAUAAUUUCAAACGGAUUUAAACACCGGGUGUCCAAAAUAUAUACUAAAGAGGGUCCAAAAUACAUUGGGGUGUCCAAAACAGUGAAAACUGAUGCUUCAAAAAUAAGUUGUUUUUAUCAAAUUUUAAACCAGAAAUGACCUUGUGGGUAUUUUUAACGGACAGUGGAGGCCUUAACGAUCCUGCUAACAUCAUCAUUAUGUGCAACAUCCGCUGAAUCUGGCCGAUUUUUACUUAAAUUCAAACUAAUGUCCUCUAGGGGUCCAAAAUUCAACCGUU